GGUAUGUUUUAUCGAUAAGCGCGGCCGGCGUGAAUUUUUUUUUUGCAAUACGCUGGACAUAAAAAAAUCAUUGAAAACCGCGGCUAAUUUUACAAUUAAAGCAAUAGGCACCAACUAAACUAUAGUGCAAUUGUUGGGAAACUAUUUCCCAUCGUGAAACCCUUGAUUUCGGUGAUCGCAUCGUACUUUUAACCAAUUCCUUGGCGGGCGGUUGUGUGUAUAACAAAAUGGCGUCCUCGCAAGUCUCAAACAAAUCGGGCUCCGGCUGGCCGCUCCGUGGAAGUGCCAGCAAUAAUAAUAACGGCACGCAGAAAUUUGCCGCGAAUCAGGCCCUGACCAUAAAUCGCACCGUCAACCUAUAUCCUCUGACUAACUACACAUUCGGCACCAAGGAGCCGCUUUUUGAAAAGGAUCCAUCGGUGCCAUCAAGGUUUCAGCGAAUGCGCGAGGAAUUCGAUCGCAUUGGUAUGCGUCGCUCCGUGGAGGGAGUGCUCCUCGUCCAUGAGCAUGGGCUGCCGCAUGUGCUGCUGCUCCAGCUUGGCACGACAUUCUUUAAAUUGCCUGGCGGGGAGCUCAAUGCUGGAGAGGACGAGGUCGACGGUCUGAAGCGACUCCUUUCUGAGACGCUGGGUCGUCAGGAUGGCGUCAAACAGGAGUGGAUUGUCGAGGACACCAUUGGCAAUUGGUGGCGUCCCAAUUUCGAGCCACCACAGUAUCCGUACAUUCCGCCGCACAUCACCAAGCCCAAGGAGCACAAGCGGCUGUUCCUCGUUCAGCUCCAUGAAAAGGAUACGGACAGGAACGCCAGUUACGAUGUACCCUGAGCCGUUCCAUUAGCGCCGUGCUGGUGUGUCGUGCCACCCAACUCUACUAUCAAGAGAAACGAACAAACAGAAAAACAGAUCAGAUAAAAACAGAAUUCCUCCGGGCUUAGUUUUGAUUCUAGAUUCCAUUGUACAACAUAGUAUCUCUAUCUCAAAUUUUGUAUUUGUUGCUCAGAACAGCGUGUUGGCAUAUUUUUUUGGUUCCCUCAAAAUCACUCAAAAUCCGAAAUUCAAUGAUUGUUCUUGUAUUCUUAAUUUUGUAAAUAUGUCGACAUCCAAUGUGAGACUGUAUGAGCGCAAGCUGUAUAUUCCCCCCUCCCCCCAAUACUUACGAUACAUACGAUAUUAUUUGCCUUACUUCUACGAGUAUUCUUACUAUUGUCAACUACUGUCAUUGUCAUUGUCAUGUGUUCUUCUUGUCUUAAGGUUGUGUACGAAUAUAGUCGGGAGUCACGGGCAGGCAGGGCAGCAGCAGCAGCAGAGCAUUGUAACGUGCGCCCAAAUCCGGCAUGUUGUGCGGAUUUGUGUGCAUGCAGCGCAACGCUGCGCAGGACCAGGCCAGGCCAGUCGCUCCUUAAUAUAAGCACUCGUUUAUAUGUAACCAUAACCAAAUGAAUGAAAUACUCUGUUAUACCUCUUUCGGCUCAUUUUUGUGCUUGUGCGCUGAGCUGAACACUAGGCUGCCGCUUCAGCGCACAAGACACCACUAAUUCACAUAGACCAUUGUAUAAUGUUGCUCUUAAUGGAAAUUAUGUUCAUAUCAGAGUAGUCGAUCAUUUUUAGUUGAUCAUCGUUGGGCGAGAGCAAGAGCACUGACCGACCAACGGAUGGAUCCUAGUAAUUAGAGUGUAACGAAUCGAACCAUGAAUGUAAAACAUAAUACAUACGACUCUUAUAUAUCAGCUUUUAUAUCAUGUGGCAGCGCAAAAGAUUCUUUAUAAUAUGUAAAUUUUGUAACCGAUUGUAAUCGAUCUAGCUAAUACGUAUACACCGUGUGAUUUACAA